AUGGUGGCCCCGGUGGUUAGUUUCUUGGACGCCAUCCGCAGCCGCUACGGCUCAACCGACGAGGGUGACGCCCAAGACGCUGACGCCCUGCUCGUCGGGGACCCAAGCCGCCACCGCAACAAGAAGUGGGAGCUUGUUGGCAUGGAGAAAACGCGGCUGAAGCAGGCAGACCACACGCGCCUUGUCCACGUCGUGCUUCGUGGCAUGAGCAUCACAACCGGCGAGCGGAGCGAGGGUGAGCUGGCAGCGGCGGCGCUGAACCGCCUGCAGGAAGUUGACAUUGCCGCGAAUCCGCUGCUGCCGAUGCGGGAGGUGGGCACCAUUGUUCGCCACCUCCCCGCCCUGACCGUUCUGCAGCUGUCGGACAACCCCGACCUCCUCCCUGGGGGGGCCGCGGCCACGGCACGGACGGCAACGCCGCUGCUGGUGUCAGCGCAGCUGCGAAAGUUGGUGCUUCACAAUGUUGGUUUUCGCUCCAUAUGGCAGCUCCGGGCACUUGUGGAUCUCCCCGCGCUUGAGGAGCUGCACCUUGAGAAUAACAACAUUCAGCGUCUCAGACUCGUGUCGGAGGCGGAGGAAACAUCGCCGGGAUACCCUCAAGCGAAUGCGGUGGGCGCCGACGACGGAAGUCGCUGCUGGUUCCCGAACGUCACGACGCUCAACCUUGCGGAGAAUGAGUUGUCCUCGUGGGGUCGUGAGAGUGGACUCAAUGAGACCUUGACGACGGCGUUCCCGCGGGUGACGCAGCUAUUUUUAACGGCAAACCGCAUGCCCAAUUUGGACGACGAGAAGUUCACAGCAACAGGGGGCUCCGCCGCUACCACUGCUGUCGACGACGACGACGACGACUACGCGUACCUGCGUCCCCUGGAAUUGCUCAGUGUGAAGGACAACACGACCAUCAAUGACCCACGUACGCUUGAGGCACUGCGAAAGUUGUGUCCCCAUCUGCACACGUUCCGCAUCACAUACAGUGCUAUGUUUCCGCAGUGGAAUGAAACGCUUGGGCGCAUGUACGUGGUUGCGUCCUUGCCAGGCAUCACGACACUUAACCGGGGGAUAGUGCGGCCCAAGGAGCGGCUCGACUCCGAGAUCUUUUACGUCCAACGGGGUUUGGCCGCCAAGCAGCAGGAGGAGGAGCGGAAAGUUGAAGACCAAAAACAGGCGCAGUGGAGGGAACCAGAGAAGGCGGGGUUGGCGCCGCGCUUUCCCCUCCUGGAAACCCUGCGAGAAAAACACAAGCAAGUUAUUAUGUCCAUUUACCGCGAGGGAGAGACGGCAAGCCACGACGGCAUCAGCCAAAUGAUGCUUCGCCUCACGCUUCGCUGUGAUGGAUUUGAGCCGGUAACGAAGUCCAUACCAAGUUCAAUGACUGUAGGGAAACUCAAGGCACUCGUGCGUGCCGUUUUUGGCGUUGUCCCGUCGUAUCAACGGCUGUCCUUCUUUUCAGGCGAUGCAGCCGUGGUGGAGCGCCCCAUGGAGCUUGAUAACGAAUUACAGAGCCUUGCAUUCUACGGCGUAUCUGACGGCGCGCUGGUGCAGGUGGUUGACACAUCUUUGCGGUAA